AUGUUGGAUCAGCCGUCUUAUCUUGACGCUCUUUCCGGCCUCGUUCAUUCAGCUGAGUGUCUGGCAUCAAAGGGCUAUGUGACAGCUCGCCUGUCAGAGGUCGACCUCGAGAAAAAGCGACGUUGUGCGAGAUGCAAUAUCUUGCUUGUAAAAGAAGAACGACGAAGUCGACAAAAGUUGCUUCCGAAGAAAGAUACCGCGCUUUCGACUGCCCCGGGAUCCUUGCAAAGUAAGAUUGUGGAUGAGGUUGCUUCACUGGGGAUGGAGCAACUGAAGUUGGAGGAAACACAGGCACCCGAAAUGCGCUGUAAAUUCCACGAUGGAAAGCUUGUCAACAAAAAAUGGACCUGCUGUGACCAGCAUCCGACAGGCCGUCCCUGUAAACAAGAAGACGCGCACCAACCCGAAAGCCGUACCAUAAAGGAGAUUUCCACUCGCUGGCAGUACUCCGCAACGCCUCCCGUUCUGACAAAGAACACACGUAUUGCCGUCGUGAUCGACUGUGAAAUGGGAACGGCUGCAUCCGGUGACAAUGAGCUGAUCCGCCUGACCCUCAUCGACUACUUCACCAGCCAAGUUCUGAUCGACAAGUUCGUCUGGCCUGACGUUCCGAUGCAGCACUUGAACACCAAGUGGUCAGGCGUAACAUGGAAGAUGAUGAACGAAGCCCGGAACAAGCGAAAGUGCGUGUUUGGCUGGAGAAACGCCCGGGCCUUGGUCUGGAAGUUCGUGGGUUCGGAAACCAUUGUCAUUGGGCAUGGUGUCAACUCAGAUCUCACUUGUCUGCGAUGGAUUCAUCCUCGGCUUAUCGACACGCUUAUUGUUGAGGGGAAUAAUCGUGAGACAAAGACUGGGCUUUCGUUGAAGAAGUUGGCUGAGGAGCGGUUGGGGAGAGCCAUCCAGCAGGGGAAGGGGCAUGAUAGCCUUGAGGAUGCGAUUGCGACACGAGACUUGCUCCACUGGAAUGUUCUGAAGUUGACUGGAGGGCUUACAGAGGCUUGA